AUGGCCGGCCCCCCGUCUCGCCCCGGCUGGUUCGCCGUUCCGGCCCCCGUCCGCGAGCUGUUCAAGAUCUUCCCCUUGACCACCUUACCGGCCGAGUCUCUGCCCGAGCAAGCUCCCGAGAGAGCGCGUGUACGACCGAGUCUGUAUGUCUUUGCGCGGACGCUGGAGGAUGCUCGCAGCGGCCGGCCGAGUUUCAAUCCUCAGUGCUUGAAGUGGCAGACAUUCCUCCGUAUAGCCGGCGUAGACGUCCACCUCGUCCCCUCCAACAACCACGCCUCUCCCUCCGGCGCAUUGCCCUUCCUCCUCCCCCCAACAACACCAACAUCCACCCCAGAGAAGCAAUCAUCGACGACACAUCCAACCAGCAAUGCCGUAACAAAACCAACAGUCCCCCUCACGGGCUCAAAAAUCCACCGCUACGCCAAAGACAACUCCCCCAGGGAAACAACAACCUUCUGCGACACUCCCCCCUCCCGCACCGAAGCCUACGAAGCUCUCCUAUCACAAAACCUUCGUCCCGCAUGGCUCUACGCCCUCUACCUCCACGACGCAAACACACCCCUCCUCAAAUCCCUCUACCUCCCCCCCUCGCCCAUCCUCUACCUCCCCUCCCUCCACACCCUCCGCAACGCCGCCACCGACGAGAUCCUCAAAACCACCCGCCGCAGCCUCGUCGAUCCGCGCCAGCUCCUCGUCGACGCCACUGACGCCCUGCGCUCGCUCUCCGCACUGCUCACUGAUAACGACUGGUUCUUCGGCCAGUCUGAACCGGGCCUGUUCGAUGCCGAGGUGUUUGCCUACACGUAUUUGAUCCUCGACGAGGCGUUUGGUUGGGCUGAUGACUAUUCGCUUGCGCAAUGUCUGGCCAAGUUUGACAAUCUGGUCGAGCACAGGAGAAGGUUGUAUGAAAGGUGUUGGCCCGAGGCGCUGGGAGAAAAAGUAAAUACAAAUUAA